CUGUCACGUGUUCUUAUUAGGGUCACUUAGUACUCCAUCCGCAUCCACGAUGUCCCGCCCACAGGAUGACCGCAACCAGGAGGCGACCGUGUACCUGGGAAAUCUCGAUGAACGGUGUACGGACGCUCUCGUCUGGGAGCUCAUGCUGCAAGCGGGUCCAGUUGUGAACGUUCACCUGCCCAAGGACCGUGUAUCAAUGACCCAUCAGGGUUACGGGUUCUGUGAAUUCUCGACCGAGGAGGAUGCAGAAUAUGCGUGCAAAAUUAUGAAUCAAAUCAAGCUUUGGGGUAAACCGAUACGCGUCAACAAGGCUUCGUCUGACAAAAAACAACUGGACGUCGGUGCCAAUCUCUUUGUUGGAAAUUUGGACGAGAACGUCGAUGAAAGGCUCUUGUAUGACACGUUUAGUGCGUUUGGAUUGAUGGCCACGACAGCCAAGAUUGCACGGGACCCGCAGACCGGACAGUCAAAAGGCUACGGAUUCGUCGCGUAUACAGAUUUCGAAUCGUCGGACGCCGCCAUCGAAGCGAUGAACGGUCAAUUCCUGAUGAACAAACGCAUUACCGUUCAAUACGCCUUUAAAAAAGAUGGCAAAGGCGAGCGACACGGGACAGCCGCUGAACGUCUCCUUGCUGCCCAAGCACGUAAGAACAAUGCGUUACCGGUUAGUGCGCGACCACCACCGGCGCCGAUGGGCGCUUUUGGGGCUCGGCCGCCUGUACCAGGAUUCCAAGGACCGUAUCAGGGUCAGUUCGCGGGAGCAUUGGCGCAGCCACCACCUCCGCCUGGGUUUACGCCUCAAUCCACACAAGCGAUGGGCGUACCGAUGGGGAUGCCACCUCCACCCCCACCUCCGAACAUGGGGAUGUUCCCACCUGGCGGGUUUGCUCCUCCCCCACCGCCUCCUGGAUUUGUUCCCGGGCCUGGUAUGCCGCCACCGCCCAUGCAGUUCCAGUAGUAGUGUUUAGUCUUCUUUCGUACUGCAAUGCAGUGUUGACCUGUAGUUGGAGAGCGUUCCCUAAGGCUUCGUAGUUGACAUUCCCUUAAUUGCUCAUGAAUUACCUCUGAACAAAGAGCCUCGUCCGAUAUCUACGAUCCUGAAUUUAACACUAAGUAGUGCUGCACCCCUACUUGACGGCAUGUGUAUUACUCGAGUUCCUACCCCGGC